AUGGAAGCCACCUUCGAAGGGCUGCUGCGCAGCGUGCCCGCGGUGCUGCAGACGCUGCCCGACGACAGCAAGCGCAGCGUGGCGGCGACGUCGCGGAGCGCGCUGGCGGCGGUGCUGGAGUGGACCCGCGCGACGCUGCGGCUGUCCGCGGGCGGCGACCUGCUGCGUUCGAUUGCCCAGCGCAUGAGGCCCGGCGCGAGGCCCGCGCUGGGGAGCGUGUGCGUGAGGUGGCUGGCCGAGGCGACACUGGCUGCCGACGAGGCGGGCACGUUCUUGGCAGGGCUGUACGCGUUCGUGGAGCAGGGUAGCAUGUCCGACGAAGAGGAUUGGGCGGACGUCCGUGACUGGGCCAGGUCCCAGUACGGGUCGAUGGACGAAGAGAGAGAGGCUGGUGGGGAAUCAGAAUAUGAGAUCUGCGAUCUGCUAGCCGUCGCACAGGAGUGUGCGGAGCUCGGCACCCCUCUCAAGCUCCGCAGCGUGACGGCGGCACAGGAGGACGUUCACUGUGGCGACCGUGGAGGCGUGCUUCGGAAGCUGCUGCGCCUGCCGUCCGUGGCGAGCAACCUGCGCCGGCUCAAGCUGCAGUGCUUCCAUCUUUCGUCCGCUGAAUUCACCGAGCUGAUGAAGGUCCUGCGCACCACCACGAAGCUGGAGCAGCUGCUCAUGGACGGCUACUACGACGGAGAUAUACAGAUCUCGCCUGCUGGUAUGACGGAGCUGAUCGACACGGUCUCCGGACUGGAGAUGCUGCGCGAGCUGAGGCUCCCUCCUCUGCCCGAGGCAUCCGGCGCGCUUCUCCGGAUGCUCGGGACGCACAAGUCGCUGGAGGAGCUGCACCUCGUCGUCGUGCAGAAAGGAGUGAUUGACGAGGCUGCUCUCGAGUCGAUGCUGCGCACGAGCACGACGCUGAGGAAGCUCUUCAUCGUCGAUCGCUCCUGCACGAUCGACGAUUCUGAAGAAGAGGAUGAGUGGAUCGGUGCGGAUGUCGGGAAGGCUCUGAGCGCUGGACUCUCCCAGAACAACGCGCUGCGGGAACUGCACGUCGAGGGCCACUAUCUCACGUUCAACGACGGUGACGUCGACAGCCUGCUCCAGAACACGACCCUGCAGCGCCUCGAUCUGGGGAGAUCUAUUUACGGCAGAUUCGUCUCGCCACUCAAACUCGCGGCGGCGGUGAGGCGGGGCAGCGCGCUGCGGGUGAUUGACGUGGGGAGCAGGCUGACUGACAUGGUCGAUGUGGCUCGAGCGCUGUCGUCGAGGUCGUGCGUGGUCGAGCUGCACGCCGGUGACCGCUGGCGUCUCAGCGAGCCAGCGCUGGUGCCUGGGUUCCUGCGCGAGCUCGCGAAGGCCAUCGCUGACGGAGCGCUGGGCCGCACUCUGGAGGCCCUCAAAAUCUUCGACAAGUCUAGGCAGGGCAGGGACACGGAAGGCUUCGUGGCCCUCGCAAAGGCGCUGGAGCACAACCAUGUCCUGCGCGACCUGGAGAUCUGCCACGCCUCAUUCGGUGACGAAGAAGCCACCGCGCUCGGCACCGCGCUGCAGACGAACCGCGCGCUCAAGACCCUCACCCUGCAACAAUGCGACAUCGGCGACGAAGGGGCGCGUGGGCUUGCGGCAGGUCUUCAGCGCAACACAACCCUCCAGGUCGCGGACUUGUGGGAGAACAAGAUCGGCAGGGCGGGGGCGACUGCCUUGGCGGACUCGCUCGGCGCGGGAUCUGCGCUCGAACGCCUGCGACUCGGCUUCCAUAGGCCGCAGACUCACCGUCUGACUGAUCAGCUUGCAUGUCCCGUCGACGAUACCGUGGCGACGUCGUUCGCACGCGCACUGCGGCGGGGCUGCGCGCUCAGGGUCAUCGGCGUGGGGGGGUGCAGGGUCGACAGUCUUCCCUUGCGUGGGAUGCGGGAGCUGGUCGAUGCGAUGGUCGAGCGGCGGCAACUGGGGAAACAUCACGAGAUCGGAGCGGCGCUCUGGGGGGCAUCGAAGGCGACGCCGCAGCAAGACAUCCAGGAGGAGGUCGACGGGCUCAAGGGCAGGCUGCGUCGCACGUACGAGGAGGGCUGGGGACGCAUCAAGCUCAGCAUCAGCCCUCGAUCAACGUAG